GGAAAUUAGAGUAGGCAAUACAAACAAAAAGAAGAAUGACAGAUAUUACACUAAAUAUAAUGCUCUUUUUCAUGUUUGUUUCAAUCAUAUUCCUUCAUCAUGUAGAGGCUAACAUUGGGAAUUAUGACGAUCAUUGGAAACAAAGGGAGCAAGCUGCAAAGGCUAAUGCAGCUAGGGCCUAUAAUACUGAUCCACAUGGAAUCACUCACCAGACUAACCAACGAGUCCACAAUAUCAGGGGCAUGAACAGAACCAACAGAACCAACAAUUAUGCAAGGAGGGGCUUAGGGAAGUAUGAAGGUCCUUGCCAAGCUGACAACCCAAUAGACCGGUGUUGGAGGUGCGACGACAACUGGUCCAAGGACCGUCAGAAGCUAGCUGAUUGCGUAGUGGGGUUCGGACACAAGACCACUGGAGGCAAAAAGGGGAAUAUCUAUGUGGUAACAGAUGAUUCAGACAAUGAGCUACUUGACCCUAAGCCAGGAACCCUGCGCCAUGCAGUCAUCCAAGAUGGGCCACUUUGGAUCAUUUUCAAGCAUGGAAUGGUGAUUAAGCUCAAGGAAGAGCUCCUCGUAUCGAGCAAUAAGACGAUCGAUGGCCGUGGAGGCCAUGUACAUAUUGCUGGUGGUGCUGGAAUAAUGUUGCAAUUUGUAGAUAAUGUGAUCAUACACAAUGUGCAUAUACAUGAUAUCAAAACGGGAGGAGGAGGAUUUAUUAGAGAUUCUGUGAGUCAUUUUGGUUUUAGGACUGCUAGUGAUGGUGAUGGUAUCUCCAUAUUUGGAUCAACUAAUAUUUGGAUUGAUCAUGUUUCCAUGUCUAAUUGUAUGGAUGGAUUGAUUGAUGCUAUUGAGGCUUCUACUGCUAUCACCGUUUCUAAUUGUCACUUCACUGACCACAAUGAUGUGAUGUUGUUUGGAGCAAGAGAUAGCUCUUCGCAGGAUGAAAUAAUGCAAGUAACAAUAGCCUUUAACCACUUUGGGAAGCGUUUGAUACAGAGAAUGCCAAGAUGCAGAUUUGGAUUCUUCCAUGUUCUUAACAAUGACUACACUCACUGGGAAAUGUAUGCUAUUGGAGGAAGCCAACAUCCAACUAUCAUUUGUCAAGGAAAUCGCUUCAUCGCGCCUCCUAAUAUUUUUGCCAAAGAGGUUACGAAGAGAGAAUAUGCACCAUACAGUGUAUGGAAGGAUUGGUUAUGGACGUCAGAGGAUGAUAUAAUGAUGAAUGGAGCUUUCUUCAAUCAAUCUGGAGAUACAUCAAAGAAGCCCUCCUACGCUAAAAAAGAUAUGAUAAAAGCAAAACCUGGAAGUGAAGUAACGCAUCUUACGCGUUUUGCAGGUGCCCUUAAUUGUAAGGAAGGGAUAGCAUGCUAAUAUCGCGCUUAUUUCAAUUGAAUCACAUCGACUAUAUAUAUGAAGUUCAAAUCUUCUGUAUCACUUUUUCUCUGGUAGAAUAACUAACUACUAGGGUUAUUAGCUAAGCUCUGAGUAAUGAGAGAUGGGCAAAAAAAAGAAAAAAAAUGGUUGAAUGUAUUUUGUAUGUUUUAGUUGCCAUCCAAAAAAAAAUUUCUUUAAGAAAAAAAAUGUAGUACUUGUUGCUUAUAAUGAGAGCAAGAGGAAAGAUCAAAAAAUUGAAUCUAGGAAAGCAAUAAGUGUAUUCGUCUAAGAUGUUGGCCAUUGUUUAUGAUCUUGAAAGGACAUAUAUGGAUUCGAAAUGUCAAUUUCAAUAUAAUUGCUUUUAUUAAUUCUACUCUUUAAUUGGCAAACAAAUAUGGAAAAGCUACUCUACAAUUGGAUCAAAUUGAAAUAUUGUUUGGAUUAUUUGACCAUAUGGAAGAUCAUUCUCCCUAGGCUCGGCUAAUAGCAUGUGCAACCGAUGUACCAGAACAGGACCUCCAAUAAAAUGGGCCCUCAAAACUGAAAACUUAUGUAUACAAUUUGCUGCGAUAUACAUAGAGAUAGUUGAAUGUGUUGUGGUGGUUUUGCAUAUUGAUAUUUAGUAGUUUUAUUAAACUAAAAUAGUACAUUAGUUCGAAUUUAGUAGCCCAAAUCUUUUUUUUUUUCUGUUUCAAAGUCAAUGCUGAUGUAUUUAUGACACUAUGUGUUUCACCUUUUCCCUAGUAAAUACAGUUGAAUUAAUUUGGAAAAUAAUCAAUAAAACGCUUUAUUUUAUUUUAUUUUUUGCUUUUAUUACAUUAAAUAUCUAACACUACCUACUAAAUAGCAAUUGAUAUUAAUAAUUAUUCUUGAGAACUCCAAUCCUCUACAAGCACUAAUUACACUUUAAUGUGGAUGCCAUCUAGCUUUGAUAGUAAAGUCUUGUGGGGGUGGUAUCCAGCACUUGGGAUCAAACCCAUCUACAUCAUUGCUCUUAGGCCGUCUCUAACACCAAAAAAA